CGUGCUGCUUUCUCCUUAUUUUUCCUUCCCUCUCAAAGCAUCUUUAUACUCUCUCUCUCUGGACUCUGGUACGGAAGAGAUGGGGCUCUACUGCAUUGGCCUCUCUUCUCUUUAAACCUUUCGCUGAACGCCAAACUUCUCAUCCCUUACAUUACACUCCCUCCAACUAACUCUCCAUAUGGCAGCCAAGACAGUUGAAGAAGAUCCUCCAGUAGAAGCUUUGAAAUACCAGACGUGGGUGUUGAAAGUUUUAAUCCACUGUGAAGGCUGCAAGAAGAAAGUCAAAAAAGUUCUUCAGGGAAUUGAUGGGGUUUAUAUCACUGAGGUUGAUUCUCAACAACACAAGGUUACGGUGACUGGUAACGUGGACGCUAACAUUUUAAUCAAGAAGCUGGUAAGAUCAGGCAAACUAGCAGAGCUAUGUCCUUCAGAGAAGACCCAGAAGAAAGAUAACAAGUCGAAAUCCAAGGGAAGUGAUAAGCAAAAGAAAGACCAAAAGAAUAAUGAACCGCUUGGCGAUGACAUUGAUCAAAAUGGUUUGGCUGAUGAUGAAGAUACAGAGUCUUACAAAGAAGACAGUGAAUGUGAGGAUGCCGGCGGAGCAGAUGCAGGUGGCGACAAGGGCAGUGGCGGCGGUGCUAAAAAGAAAAAGAAGAAAGAACAAGAAAAAGGGCCAAAGCAAGGGAGAUUCUCCCAACAAUAACGGAGGCGGUCGAGAAAAUAUGAUUGAUGCUUUAGCCACACCACCACCGCCAAGUAAAUCAGUCGGAAACACCCCCAACUUGGUUGCUUCUAUGGCUGCCAUGGAUCUUGGUCCUCCGAUUCAGCAUGCCUAUCCGUCGUACCCAACACCACCAGUGUACUAUUCUCCUGCAAUACCACAAGUAUACGGUUUAAGCUAUAACACAGCAUACCCCACUUCUAGUGCUCAGUAUUAUGCCCCUCCCAUGCAUGCUUAUGCUACAUACUCUCACCUACAGCAGCCGCCGCCGCCUCCUGGUUGGAUCAAGCGCUGUGAUGACGACCAUGAAUAUGAAGGUGGAUGCUCUGUUAUGUGAAGUCAUGAACAACCAAGUGGCGGAUAUGAGUGCUGAGGGGUACUGUGGGGGGGGGUGUUUAAGUUUCAUAAUAUCCGCUGGGGAAAAAAACGAAAGAAAAGAGAUUUGUUAAUGUAAAAAGUUGGGAACAAAAAUGAGCAGGGGUAGCUGAUGGAGGCAAGUAUGGAGGAUCUUUAGUGUCUUGUCCUUUUAUUAAAAAAAAAAAAAAAAAAAAAGUAGUGCAUCUCUUUGGGGUUUUGCUUAAGAAAGGCCAAUAGCUCCCUACUGAUCUGCUACGGGCGGUGUAGGACCUUAAAUCUACCUUUUCCUUUCAGCCUUAUCUAAAAAGUAGAUUCCUUGCACCAAA